AUGGCCACAGUAAUCUGUCAGCAUUCGAAAGACCCCGAAGAUUUGCAUUUGCAUGACAUUAGCGUCCUGUGUGAUGGUCAUGUUGAUUGUUACAGUAGUGUGGCCAUGAAUGAUGAGAGUUUCCCUUACUGUGGUAUGAUUUCCCCUUUUUACUUUAUUUAUUUAUUUUAAACAGUCUUAAGAUGGUGCUUAUUUAUUUCAGAAAAGAAGUGUAAUUCAACUUGUUCUCAUCACGGUGCUUGUCUUUUUGAUGGGAGGAGGGCGCAAUGUUACUGUAACUCCGGAUUCCAAGGACCAAGUUGUGAAUUAACAGGUGUGAAAUUACGGUUACUUUUUAAAAUGACUAAUUUAGAUACUAAUGAAUGUAACGACAAGCCGUGCCAUUGGAUGGCCAAGUGUCAGAACACUUUCGGAUCUUAUCGAUGCGAAUGUUACCCUGGAUUUGAAGGAAACGGAUACGAAUGCACAGGUUGGUCUUCUUCUAAAAGGUGUCCCGACGAAAAUGUUUUUAAAAUAUUUUCUUUCCAGAUAUUGAUGAAUGUGCCGACGGUCUGGCCGACUGUCCCUCCAAUUCCGUUUGUGUUAAUCUCCCGGGAACUUACAUGUGUAAUUGUUCUCAAGGUUACAUUCCCAAAGGAGCGCCAGUUGAUAAAUGUGUGGAUAUUGAUGAAUGUGAUCUGGGAUUGGCUAAAUGUGGCCACAAACUUUGUCAGAAUUUGAUUGGAGGUUACAAAUGUGUUGAUGAAUGUGAAGAUGGAUAUGAUCUGAAGGAUGGAAAGUGUGUGGAUCUGGAUGAAUGUGUGAAUGGACAGAAUAAUUGCGACGCCCGGGCCGUGUGCCGCAAUAAACCCGGAGGCUAUGAUUGUUUUUGUGAUGAUGGAUUUGUUGGAGAUGGGCGAUCUUGUUCUCGUAAGCAAUUGUAUUAAUCUCUGCAAAUAUAUUUCCUGUUACAGCAAUCUAUGAUUGCACCCAGAAUGAAGGAAUAUGCGACAGGCAUGCUUAUUGCCUCAGCUCUCUUAAGAUGUGUGUCUGUCAGAGUGGAUACGCAGGAGAUGGACAUAGCUGUAGAGAUGUAAAUGAAUGCAGUGGAAGUAUGAAUCCAUGUGCUCAGCAAGAAAACAAUAAGUGUGUGAAUGUGGAAGGGGGUUACAUCUGUUGUAAUCAAGUGGAGAAUGAAGAGAAAUGUCUGAAAGAUUCGGGGCUCUACUGUUCUGGUGGGUGUGGAGUAAAUGCGGUCUGUUUUAAUCAGACUUGUACUUGUGUUCCCGGAUAUGAAGGAGAUCCGAAGGUUAGGUGUUCAGGUAAGACACUGUAACAUUUUAAAAAUUCAUUAUAAUACUGUGUAGAGGCCAGUUAUAUGCAAGUAUUAAAGUUCCUUUAGAUGUAAAUGAAUGCCAUCAAGACAACAUUUGUACCGGAGCAGGACAAUGGUGUGUGAAUCUACCCGGAGGGCAUAUUUGCUGUACUCCCGACUCCGAUUAUCCAGAAUGCCGUGGAUUGGAGUUGGUUCCAGAUGUCUUAGAUCCCAAAGCCAUCGCCAUUUCCGAUGCAAAUGCAAGGAAUAAAAACGCUAAUGGAAAUAACGCUGAAGCCAAUUCCUUUGCUCAGGUGAAUGGAGUCAGAGGUGGAGCUGAGGGAGAUCUUGAAGAAACUGAAUUAGCAACUCAAGAAAAGGUCAAAAGAAGGAGAUUCAGAACAAGUAAGUGCUGUAAUCUGAUUCACUUCACUGUCCUAUGUGAUAUGGUUUAUCAAAUCAUUACUUCAGAGACAGUUCACAUCGGAAGACAAUUAAAAACACAUUCUGGAGGUUUUGUCUUAAUCAGAAGACCGAAAGAGCGGCUUUUUAGAAACGAAACUACAGGAGAAUUUGAUAUAAAAGGUAGGUGGUUACUGUAAGUGUACGCCUUUCUUUCAGAGAUUCCAGAUUGUCCCAAUGGCCAAGAUUCAGAAUGUCCCGAGCAUUCCGUCUGCUUCAAUCAUCGUUGCCGAUGCCGUCUCGGAUUCGAAUGGAGUCGGCUCAAGGGAACCUGCGAAGGUCAGUUUACAGUACUCUUAACGUCUUCAAAUUCACAAUUUUUCACUUCAAUUUUGCAUUUUUGGCAAUUUUUCCAUUCUUCCAACAUUUUUAUUGUUCCACUAACAUUUUUUGGAAUUGCUUUCUUGAAGAUGUAAACGAAUGUCUGGGCCAGAAUCCAUGUCCCAAUUCUCCAAAACACAAGGAAUCUUGGUGUGUGAAUACAAUUGGUGGAUAUCAUUGUUGCCACACUGGAAUGGACAUGGAAGAAUGUGAUGGGAUGGCCAUAACCCAAAUGGAGCCAAGCGUUCCAGUAGAUGUUACCGAGAGUGACAAUAAACAUGACAUCUUCAAGACUGCCAGUUACGGAGAAUUACGCAAGAAAGUGUCCAAACACAUUAUCUUUGGCCGAGGAAGGAUACCCGCUCAGAAAUUGUGGGGAUUAGAGUUGACUGGGAAGGGACUCUUCGCCGGAUUACCGGGAUUCCCCGGAUCAGAAGAAGGGCCCACGGAUCAAGGUAAGUCAUCAAGCAAAGUUCACAAUCCUUUAAGCACCUUUAAAACCCUCGGUGAGCACCACUUUAUUCACCACUGUCUCAAUUGCACCGCUUGGAGGACCGAUGGUCGGUCCGCGUUUGCCCUCAGGGCAUGAAUUGGCAGAGAAAUCACACGUUUCACCUAUGAGCACUGGCACCGAACUCACAAAUAGAAAAGUUGUUCAGAUACCAGUCGAUAAGACAGGGAAUGUUCAGGGAGAAUUUACUCCAUCUGUUUUUAAUUCUUCUGGCAUUGGAGAUGAUGGCCAAUUCCGUUUUUUCAACCGGACUGAAGGGACUUUCGGAUUUGUGGCCAAACCAAAAGAGGGACUCAAGGUGCCUGAAGAUAUAUUUCUGAAUCCUCAGAAACCAUUUGUAAUCCCGUCACCAGAUUUUGGAAUACCCCACAUUAAUCCAAAUGAUUUCCCUGAGAUUUUAGUAGACGAAAAAGGAGGGAAAAGGAAAGAAUUCAGAAGUUUCAAUCAGACUUCGGGAUCAGUUGGACUGGUACUUGGACCAAAUGGGGUAUCGGACAAAAAACAACCGUUUGUGUUGCCCCAUGGCGUGAAAUUUACACCAAUUCAUUUACAAAAUCCAAAUGAAAUUUUUAACAGAAAAUCCAAAGGCAGAAAAGGCGAGGGAGUUGAGGGGCGAGAGAUGACUAAAAAUGCGGAAGGAGAAUUCGGCCUUGUACUGCGUCCAGUAAAGCCAGAUUCCAUUAGAUCUCCUACAAAAUCAAUUCCGGAAUCGGUUAGAACCACGGAACCCUCGGACGUAACACGUUCAAUAUUUGAGUCAUCAAGGGGCGCGGAGACUACAACAAGAAAAGUUGAUUCAGAUAGGAUUGAAGUCGACAUCACCCCUGAAGAAUUCGACCAAAAAAAUCUCAAAGAAGAAAUCAUCCCACAAACUCCUCCGGCCAUCGAAAACACCAGAUUAAAUCACACUGUUAAUGAAGAAGAGUGGGUGAUAGAACAUGGAGGGAAGGGAAAGAACAUCCAGAUACCUGAGAGUCAAGAAACCCUCGUCUUAACUGCUCAGCUUGGAUUCCAGAAGUCCACAAAAGUUCCUAAAACAAUAAUAUCUGAUGCAAAGUCAACAUAUGUUGCGUCAAAUGGGACCGAAGAUAAAUUGAGACCCUCCCCGACACCGAAUGAACCGGUCGAAACAACCACUUUGAUCUCCGCUAAAACAACCGGACAGGCUGCAACAUCGCUGACAACUGAACCCAUGACCGCUAUAAUUACAUCAAACGAACCUUCAAAUAAUGUGGAAAUUGACCAAACUUGGACACCAACUAGCACUGGCACUGUUAAUUUAAGCGUGCCAGAGGGCCUGCAGACCAAUGAAGGGACAACAGUCACAUCCGUGAUGACAUCAACAGCUAAACAAAACGAACUGACAGUAACACCAGCCCAAAUGACAAAAAACGAAACUCCCAACGAGCUUCGCAAGACCACGGCAGAUAAUACAGAAAUGGCAGUACCCGCAGAAGAAUCGUCAACUGGAAGUACACCGACUUCAUCGAAUCAUGGCUUCCCUUUGAAAAAAGACUUCGGUGUGACAGAAACUGAGCCUACCACCGAAAUUAUAACAGGAAACAAAAAAUUGGUAACCUCAACAUCAUCUUCGAUAGGAUUUGAAGGUCCAGUGGCAGAAACGGAAAAUGUUUCCAGUAAAACUAAAGUAAUUACACCAACGAGUAAAAUUACUACGAAGAAGAUUACGAUUCUUGAAGCAGCUACGGCAACAACUCUUGCAGUAACUUCAAAGAUUACGACGGAAAAUAACACACCUUUGAGGAGUUCCAGCGCAGAAACGACUACUACGGCUAUGCGAUUGUCAAAGGCGAAGGUGGAAAAUAAAAUCACUACUGGAUCCGCGCAUUUCAGGCAACCAACGACAAUUCGACCUAAUCCAAAUGAAGAGAUGACAAACGAAAGUUCAACGACUGGUAGAACUCCGGACCAGAUAAGUGCCGACACAGCAACUGCAAGUACAUUAAGAGACGGCGUUAAUCCUAACAAGGGAAUUCAAACUUCACCUCCAAACGCAUCUCGUGAAACUGAAAAGCCUAAAAUUGAGCCAGAAGAGCUAACGACAAGAAUUGGCCAAGAUUUCGAACACCCUGUAUCCUUGUCCUCAGCACCUGCCAUGAUGCCAACCGACACCGAAGUCCAUGAAGAUACUACAAGUAAUAGAGAUAUUCAGAGGGAGUCAACUGAGUUCCAAGGUAUUGUAAAUAGAAUAGUUAGCUCAUCAACACACACACCUGAUACCACGUCAACACAAGCCGUUACGCCAGAGCCGAGUACAAUGCCGGAGGGAGUCACUAGUCACAAAUUUACGCAAACUCGGACCAUUUCAACACCAGACGAAGGAUCUGGAUUAGAACUAAGUGGCAAUGGGCUUGAAAGUAUAAAUAUCACAGUGUCAUCGCUCGGCUCCAAUAAAGUCAAGACGAUAACAGCCAAGCCAAAGUCUGAAAUCAGAGGUGAAACAUCGGCCACAAAAAAGUUCGAAUCAACGGAACUGGUUCUGAACGGCGGCGGAUUCAAAUUGAACGGACAUGGCACAAAAGCGAACAAAAAGGAGCAAGAAGUUGAACACUCCUUGGCUCCGCCUAUUGUUCAUGAAGACAGAAGAAACCAAAAAAGUUAUCCAAAUCGAGCACAUCAGGAGCUCAAUAAUCAAACGAAGGAUGAAACAGUAAAAGAAUCAGUUAAGAAGAUUGAAAAUCGGCAAAAAGAAAUUGUUGAAAACACCGUUAUCAUCACAGUUCCAGAACAGAAAGUGCUGACAAAGGAGGAAAACCGGUCACAGAAUGCAAAACAUUCUGGAGAAAGGAGUUCAACCAGUUCCAACGGAAAAACAUCGCAAAGGGAAGGUCCACCGUCGUUGCCAGAAACUGCUACAAUAAAAAAUGGUGCUGAAAGAGUACCAGCGACGCAACCUAAAAAAACUACAACGCCUUCAACCACUACAGUACCCCCCAAAAAAAUUGAAAUUACUUCGGAGAACAAAAGUUUGAUUUCUGUUGCACCAGAAGCAGGUGAGUACCCAUCCAGUACAACCCCGACGACAUUCGAAACGCAUAAGCCUGGAAGCAGUAGUCCCUCUAGCUCAACAACAGCGGCUAAGCAAGUGGAAAACGAUGAGCAUACAGAAACCGCGGAGAAAAAAUCAACCUUAAUCUCUGGUAUUCAAACAAAAUACAGAUUGUGGACGAGCGCUCCUGAACGUGGCCUAGAAAUAUUUGGUUCAGACAUCCAGCCAAUCAAAGGCAUCACACCAUCUGUGUUUGUUGAUGAGGAAGCUUCGAUCAAGAAAACUCAUAAUGUUUUUAAUCAUCCUGAGAUUAGAACAUCGUCUCACAAGAAAAAGAUAACCGGCAAAGUUGAGUUGAUUCAAACGAAAAAUGAAAGUUCUGGGGAAGAAACGUUCGUUAUAACAAGGAAUGAUGCUUUCGAAAGAAUCACAAAGGUUAUAAAUCUGAGCAGAUACCCCACCACUAUAGCUCCGAGACUUUCAACGGACCAGCCUUUGAACUCAGUGACCGCUACAAGUCCGGCCGACGUUGAACAUUUCAAAACAACCAAAAGCUUUACUGAAGACCUUGAACGCAUUAAUAACACCGAUCUUCCAAUUGCUGGCGGCAACAUUCGGACAUCACUGCCACCGGAUCAAAAUUUCAAUACUUUGGGUCCCACAAGAGCGACCGUCGCGGAAGAUUCCACAAUCAGAGAAGCCGAUGAUUCCACUGAAAAACCAGAAAGUCGAGAACCAAAAGAUAGUAAAGACCUUCCAUUAACCACUGUGUCUGUUAACAACGGGCCGAAAGCUAUCACCGAUGAUGGGAUAAAGACGGAAGUUUACAGCUCGACUUCAACAACAGCUUCAAAAAACGAACUUACCGACGCUGGUUUUAACCUCGGCAAGAAGAAAACAUUUGCUGCAAGUGAAAUAACAUCGACUUCAGCAUCUCUCGAACUUCUCACACCGACAUCUGUUUCUUCAUUGGAAACACCAAAACCCACAGAAAGAGAAGACUUGUUUACAGUAAGAUCAACACAAGACUUUGGUGGGAAAAUAGUCGGAAAUACAACCGAGAAGGAAAAGGAGGAGGUCGGAGGUCUAAGAGGCGCAAAAAAGAUGUCAUCGUUUGAGUCCAUGUUCCAAAAUAAAACGAAAAAAUAUACUUUGAAUCCACUUGAAAUUAAUCCGUCAUAUAUGAAGAUAACAAGCAAAUUUGAGCGGAUCCAAACGAAAAACAAAACUUCUGGAGAAGGGAUGUUUAUUCUGACAAAGAACGCUACGUUUGGUCAUAUUACGAAGACAAUCAGCCAAAACGGACACAUCACCACUACUGCUCCGAAAUUGUUUACAGAUGAGACCUUAACAAGCCCGGAAAACGGAGAUUUCACAGCAACAGAAGCAGAGAGCUCUACUGAAAGCCGACAACUGACUAGUGGUACUGAUGUUCCACCUAGAGCGACCGGUGACACCAUUCGGCCAUCACUUAAAGUCAAGACCAAGGAAGCAGUGCCAACAAAAACACAAAGUUCCACUCUAGCUACAGACAAGCCGGGUAGCAGUAAUUCCAACAAAAAUAAACAGCAUACAUCGGCCGAGAUUGGACAGAUGUCAACUUCAACUUUAUUAAACCCUGCAGCUUCAAAAUCCACCCCGAAAUACCAAGUGUCCGAGAAAAUAACCGAAAGCCUAAGUGAAGAACCGUCAUCAACAACGCGAGGGUUGGAUGAUCAACCAGAGGAAGUAACAACAGGAUAUUCAAAGAAGAUGUUUAAAGCUGACGCGGUGAUAGAGAGAACAAAGAUUGUGCCUUCUGAGACAACAUUUCAAACUCCAACACAAACUGAUGUUACAGAGACUGUCACUGAAUCCACCAGGAUGAAAAGCAGUCUGCGAACCGCAAAGCUAAAAGUAGCUGACAAGGACACAGCGGUAGAUAUCGACAUAAGAACCACAGAACCGAACGAUUUUAGCACAAGAACGUCGGCGCCAGAGGAAGGGCUUAGUGGUCACACAAAGGAAACCACAACUCCGGCUUCUAAGAAGAAGCUUGAGAGUCGUGGUGAGAUGAUAACAAAGCAGUCCGAGACCACAGUGAAAAGUCAAAACAAAAUGGUUUUUACAGAGGUCUCCACUGAAUCCAUCACGGUGGUUACCGAUCUUACAACAACAGAAAAGCCACCAUCGCAAACGAAAAAGAAUUCCUUUUCUACGCCUUCUGCAAACCCAGGAAGGAGUACAAUCACAGAGACUUCAUUAGAAAGCCUGGGGUUUAAAAAGCCAGACGCUAGGGCUGCUUUCACAAGUCAAGAGCUAGAGCGAUUAAGAACUAGUACACCAGCCGGAAAAAUCUCCACACAACCCUCGUCUAGUCAUCAGCAAGGGACAACAGAGUUUGACAGUACAUCCAUUGAAUCCCCGUACAAUCAAACAACGGCAUCAAAUAACUUAGAGACCAAUCAGCCUUUUAAGGCAUCGACUUUGGAAAGCAAGACUGAGCUAAGCCAUACCGAAAAGCCGACCGAAGCUGAGACAAUAAGAACGCAACAGCUCAAUCACAUUCAAAGAUUUCAACCAACAGGAAGUGCGAAAACACAGCUCUCGGAUACAUCAGUUACAAGCCCCUCUCAGAGACUCACUUCUGCAGUCGAUCAAAAUAAAAAAGAAUUCAUAAAUCUCCAUAGGUCCAGCACAAAACAAACUGAAGUGCAGACGAUUUUGGGAACAAAUAAAGAAGAUAUCCGGGUCACAACAUUUCCCAGUAUUACACAAAUAUCAAACGUAACUAACAGUGUUGGCGGGGAUGAAGUUACCAUAAUGCCAUCCGAUGCAACAAGUGAAAAAAAUGUCGAACAGUCGCCCACAUUGUCUAAUUCUCAACCCAAAACCUCAACCAAUCCAAAAUUACGGGUUACACUGUUCACAGAUUCAGCAGUUGACACACGGACAGUCUCAACGACGCCGGCAACAGGUUUAACAGAUUCCAUAGAAAUGGGGGUGAAAGAAUCGACGAUAAUGCCGGCCAUGACUAAACAAUAUAACAGACACAGCACAAUACGAGGAGUUAAAACAGUUAUUCCAAUCUUGACAUCCAGGCAUUUGGACCACAGGAAAACGACAGCGCCUUAUUCAACGGCAAAGACCCUAAUAAACUCGGAGUCAAGUUUAACCCCGGAAGAAAUGGCAACAACUGAAGGAGAACAGAGUACAAGCAUACUCCCCAAUGAGUUUGAAUCUACCUGGAAAACUCAGCCAACCUUCAGAUCAACAGAACUAACAGAUAAUCCCAUGGAAAGCAGUUCGCCCAAGACGACUUCUCCUCAAGAAUCGAAAAAUACCUCUCCAACAACAACAGUUGACUUCGAAACUUCUAAAAGAAGUUCCUCUGCCUCUAAACGACUGAAAGGAAAAGUCGAGAUAAUUCAGCAGAAAAAUGAAACUUGGGGAGAGAAAACAGUCGUCGUAAAACCGGGGAAAGGGACAAUCGAAAUAGAUAACCUGAGUGUCGAGGGGAACAAUCCUACAAUUUUGUCAAUCAACCCAUCUAGAAAACCAAACCCAUCAGUUGAUGUUGUGAUUCUGGAUAAAGGGAAUAGUGAAAUACCAUAUAUAAAAACCAAACAGCAAAGCUCAGAGAUAAAAGUUGACGCACUUACCAGUCAUACAUCUACAGUAUCAAAGACAUUAGCGAGGAAAACAACGGCGGCAUCUUCAGAGAAUAAGCCACCAGCUGAAAUUGGAUUAGAAAUCUUCGGUUCCGACAUCAGCCAGAAAAGUCAGCAAAAACCCCCCAAAAACAACGGAGGAAGGGAGAGGAACGGGAGCAAAGUUGCAGGGAAUAAAGCUAACUCCUCACCGGAAUCUGGCUUAGAAAUUAUAGGAUCAGAUAUUCUACUUACUCCAACUGCAACUCCCUCAACAGUUCCAAGAAAUUUGAAGGGAGGUUUGCCAUCACCUUCAGCAGAAGUUAAGUCCGCUACUUUCCCUACGACCAAUAUUGACAUGGUUACAGAAAGUAGCGAGAAAGUAGUUGACGGCUCUACCACAAGACCUUUAAGAAUUUACACUUCUGAACCGAGUCCCAGAACAACUCCUGCUCUGAAGACCACCACGGAAAGAAUCACAGGACAAAUUUCCGUGACAACGGAUUCGCCGACGCUAAAUUCAUUUGAACCCAAUAAAGUAACUACAGAGAAAGACGGCUUAGAGUUAAGCACUGGCAAUCCGGUUGAGACAUCAUCAUUAAUGGAGGGAAGAACAAUUUUGGUUACAGAAGACGCUCUUAGCCCGACAAGAGCGCCAGACAGAAAACUGGAUGAAGCCACAACGACCUCAGACGGUUUGCACCCAUCUAUAAGUCAUCCGCGUUCAAAUCAAAGCUCGCAAAGCAAUGCUAUAAAAUCAAAUGCACCUUCAGCCACACCAAUCGUUUCAAUUGUCACCCCCAUUGGACCAUCCACCGUAACGGCUACUACCAGAAUUACGCAAUGGGUAGAUGAAUCAACAUCGGUUACCGAUUCGAUGAGAUAUACAGCUCCAGAUUUGAAUUCGUUAUCUCCUAUAGCUCCCCAAGGUGUAAAUGAGGGCGAACACACAAGAACCGUUCACCCAUUAAAAUUCACUUCUGAAAUCCACACCUCCAAUUUCAAAGAAUUGGGCGGCUUAACAACACCUUCAACAACCAAAAAAGAUUUGACUGAAGAUAUUGAAGACAUUCAGAGCACCGGUAAGACUGGUUCUACAGCGGCUGAUGAAUCGACAAGCCGUUCCGAAAAGUUUAAAACCAGAUUUACACCCACUGCGGUUUCAACGAAUACAAAUGAUACAGCUAAAGCCAAAACAGAAAGGCAGGGGAUGAGAGAGCUGUCAACGGCGAAGAGUGAGAUUCAACAUCCUACCAUGUCAUCCGCCGAUUCAGUAUUGCGGACCAGAGAAUAUGCGACGUCUAAACCCGGUGUUACUUCCAUGCCGGACAGAGAAACAACAAUCUCCCGGUCGCCUAAUCAACAUAUUGAAAUUGAUUCAGAAAGAGAGAAUGUAAAAGAAGGGAAUGAACAAACACUACCGGGCCAAUCAGUUACAAAACAAGAAACAAAGAGACUUUACAGUACCGGUAAUCCCGACUUGACAUCAAGCGAGCAUCCGACCAAGUAUUCCGCUGCAGCGACCCCUUCAAGGAAUGACAAGCCACAAGAAAACUUUGAGUCAUCUCAAGGCAGUUCCAUACCAAGGACCGUUGCAAAACAAACCGCAACCUCGGAAGAGAAUCCAAAAAGUUAUACAAAAUAUUCAGAGAAGCCGCAAAUUAUAAAUGUUAAAAUGCCCGAGGCUAUGGCCAAAAAUGAAAUUGUUGGGGUUACGCAACUUCCACCAACCAACACUACCCAGGAAACUGAGAAAGAUAUGCGCCAAUCUCAUGAAAUUGAGAACUCCACACCAGCGAGUACAGAAGAAAAAGAAAAUGUGACCUCAGGAAAAGUAAUUGCUAAGACAACAACGAGAAAGGGCACAACAGAAUUCCCUGAAAAGACUUUAAAGAGGACUAAAACGACUACAGUUCCUCAUCAUCUGCAAACGCAAACUUCCCGAAACAAAGCGGAAAAGUCGGAAGAAAUUGGCCUGGAGAUAACCGGGAAAGGCUUAAAGAAAAAUGACUUGAGAAAUAAAAUAAGAUCAAGUCAUGAAGUGAACGGAAAAUCUGGAGAACAUGACGGAUUAGAAGAAGGUCUUGAAAUAGUGGUCAAAGGAAUUCAGUCGGCACAACAAAACGUCAGGGGAAAGGGAAAGAAGUUUGCCAGCAAGACUCCAGAUGUGGUUGACGGAAACACGAAAGACUACGGACACACAGAAACCCCAUUUGUAAGCGUUUCAACCUCAAAAAAGUCUACAGGAAAAGAAUUAAAAUGGUCAGAAGAAAGAUUCAAGAUGAAAAAUGAGAGGAAAGAAAAUGCCCAUACAGUAAUUAUCAAUCCAAAAGUGACCCCCAACGAGUCUGUCAAAGAAGUUGGAUUGGAAAUCCAUGGGAUUGGCCUUUUUCCAAAACAAACAGGACGCUUUGAGACUGAAUUGACGACAGUUCCCUCAGAGAAAACCAGAACAACGACAGAAUCAACGCCGGGAAUGUCGGACUCAACCGUAAGACAAAUGAAAAAGGACAAAUAUAUUGGAGUGGCCUCCACAACAGAGCCCGAUGAAACAUUUGUAACUCGACUGACGGAGCUAUACGGAGAUGUAUCAACGAGUUCAGCCCGGGAAGAGUCAAGUUCAGCUUUUCCGAAUGAAUCGAGUUCCGAGAAUACGGAAAGACCACAGCUAACGCACGAAAGGAUAAGAAAUGUAUCCACGUCUUUAACAGAACUCGAAAAGUUAGCUACGAAUCCACCAACUGAACAAAACAUCCCUUAUAAGCAUUAUCGUUCCAAGGUAGCCGUGCAUAACAUCACCCAGAAUACUGGUCUCGGAAAUCAAGAAAACACAACUGUAGUAAACACAACAACGGAGAAGGUUAUCGUUGUUAAAACUGGAUAUAAGAUUAAUCAAUCAAAGUCAUCAAUUUCAAAGACAACCUCAGGUAAAUUCAACCACACGUCGGAGAAAAGCUCCAUUGUGCCACAAACUACUACUGAAGAGACAGAAGAUUCCAGCAGGACCGAAACCCCCAAAGCGCAGUCAACAGAAAGAAGCGUAUCGAUUAUUUCGUACAAGACAUCAAAGAAGGAAAAUGCUAAAGAAGAAACAACCUCACAUGAAACGACUGAUCCCCCAGGCUUUACGUCAAACACAGGUAUUGUAGAAGAUGGCACUACAACACUGACAACUAAAAUAUCGUUUCCCAGUCGAUCAGAUCGAAAAACUUCUAGUGAAAACUAUUCAAUCAAAACCCUGACAUAUUCGCCAACCACAACUUCAAAGGCUGAAUUACCGGAAGCUCUGACCUCCCUAACAGAGACAGGAUGGACUACCCUUAGAUACUCUGAAACCCGACAAAGUAAAGAAAAAAGUUUGACAGGCUCACCGACAGAUGCAAACGUGGGUCACGAAACAAUCCAAAGAACUUUCUCUGAAGAAACUGCACGCCCUAGCCUGCCUCAAACAAUCUCUGAGGCGACUGAAGCCGGCCAAAUUAAAACAAGCACUGCUGAGAUUGAGAAUGUAAAGACAGCGGAAGAAGGAUUCAGCUCAACCGCAAUUAUUCCUGAUGCCGCUGCUGUAACUGCUACUGUAGCCCCUGAAAUCACAGUUAUCUCGACAACCAAAUCCGAAAGCCAUCCAAGAGUUUCAACUACUCCGAAGAGUUUGGUAGAACAGGAGACAUUGGAACCUUCGACUGCAAAUAUUCGACAAUCCGUGACGUCAUCCACAGCAACGGGUCAGGGAUUCAAAACGACUAUAAAAGCGCAUUGGGAAGAAACAUCUAAGAAUACUGAGAAAUCAGGACCUCCGGUGACAACCAAUGCAACAGAAAUUGGUGAAACAGUACAUGAUAAAUUAAUGCCGGCUGAUAAUAAGACUACCGUCCAGGAAGAGAUCAUUACUGAAGCUGCUACCGGCAAGCCGAUUCCCACAAUAACCACACAAAUAGGCUUCAAGGAACCCAUGAACCUACCACCUCAAACUACCCUUGAAGAUAUCCUAACGCCCGAAAACACAAAAAGAAAUACCAGUACUACUAGCAGAACAACUUUGCCGUCUGUUGUUGAAGCCACGACAGAAGCUAAAAAGGAUUUAAUCACCGUUUCGACGAGGUUAGUAGAAAUGAGUACUGGCAACCCAGUUGAUACCCCCUCCAGCGAUGAACUAGUUCCGGCAAUUAUAACAACUGAAUCCGGUUUUAAAAAGAAGGUUCAACAAGAAGUUUCGACGCCAGAUGAUCUGCCUAAAAUUCCUUUAAGGAAUGAUUCUUUUGUGAUGUCAUUCGAAUCACCGACAACCUCAACAGGUUAUCCGCCAAAUACAGCAUCGUUGAGACAGGAAGUAACCUCGGUUAUAACAUCUCGAAGUCCAGCAACCACUCCACAAGCAUUAUCUACAAUGGAAACGGUCGCGGCUUGGACCGUGACCAACACAAGAUCGCCAAUUGAAACUGGAGCAAUUCCUACAGAAGAAAUGAAUAGUUUUACAUCCCAAUCACCAUUGUUUGACUCUUCGAGAAGUCCUGCAAAAUUUCCUACCAACGUAAAACAAAGACCGGAAAUGAACCUACAAACGCUGGGGGUGCCACCUUCUAGGAUGUCCACUUCUCCGCCUCCAUCACCCACAGUGCCACCGUCACCCCACUCUACACACUCACUGAAUUUUGCACCCAAAACAAACCUGAGUAUUCCACCAGAAGAUGGUGAUUAUCCUGAAAGGAUUGAUCUCUCAGACACGAUUCACUCACAGAUCAUUUCCAAGAAUCCCACUAGUACUGCAAUUCCAGAGUUCAGUGACAUUUUUCCAACUAAUUCCAACAACAGAAAAGCUGAGGAACGUCUAACUACGGUACCUCCCAUUCGUAAGUUUAGAGAAAAUCAAUAAUCAAGAACAUUUCAGAGAUUUCUGGCUUUUUAUUUUUCUAUUUUUAGUAACAUUUUUACAAUUUUAGCUUACAAUUAGACUUUGAACAAAAUUCUGAUAAAACUUUUUUCAGAUUAUACUAAACUCCAACGGGAGACGACUUUUGAUGGAGAUCACGAGACUGAAAGCGCUCUAAAGAACUCUUUUGGACUUGUGAUUUCUGGUCAUCCAGAAGCCACGACAGCAGAAGUUGGUCUAGUGAUUGGCCGUUUGACUCCCAUAGAAGAUAAUUCUCCACCAGAGGGAGAAGAAGAGGCACCCGAGAUCUCUCCUCCACAAAGUGCAUCAUCUGAAGUAGUCGAAAUCGACGAAGCGACGGAAUCUCCGGUAGAUCUCCUCAAGAAGGUGAAUGAUUUACUUAUCAGACAAGGACAUCAAAAAAUUACUCCUGAAGUGGCUGUUCCUGAAGAUGAGUUAACUAGGAAGACUGUCAAUCCGAUCGUGUUUACUUCUCCAUUAGAAAAACAUGGUCUUGAACUUAAAGGAGGAGUACCUCUUGAAGGAGAUGUGGGCUUAGACCUAAACCAAAAAGGAAGAAAGGUCCAGUGGAAGAAUAGGACAAUUGAGAAAGGAAAAAGGAUUAAUCUGGCAUAUCCACCAUCAACCAUACAACCGUUAGUAAUCACUCUUCCUGAAAAUGAAGUUGAAGAAACAACGCCCAAAUCAGGAAAUAUGGGACUUGAAAUAAAUGGAGGGUCCAUCAUAAGAGAGAACAGUACCCAGUAUACAUCUACUACACAAAAUCCUGACAUUACAAUCGGUGAAACUGACUUCGAGACGUUGAACAGGGAGCAACUUUUAAAACGGGUAAAGGCGUUGACAACGCCCAAAGAUAAGAUCGAAAUAUCAACUGCUCCGUCCAAAGAAAGAACUAGUACUGAGCCAGAAGUUUUUAUUGAAGGAGAAGAUGUUGAAAAGAUGGACAGAGAUGAAUUGAUUCAGAAACUAAAGGAAUUAAAGCUUACAAGUAUCAAGACGACCGGUUCACUGCCUAAUAUUCAAACGACUACUGAAGGUGUCGAUAUUGUCCCAGAUCGAGGUGCAACUGAAGUAAUCGAGAAAGAGGGGCGGCCAAAGAAACCGAGAAAACGACCCGAGGUUCACGAUGAACUCGGUCUGGAGCUUACGGGUAAAGAUUUAGAGACUACGAAGUUACCAUCUCCAACAAAACCAACUACAUCAAGCAAUAAAAAACUGGACAUUACGAUGGAGACUCCACAACCUGGCGAACAUGGAUUAGCCAUCAGUGGGUCAGAUCUUAAAACACCUGGCGAAGAGAAAAGUUCACCAACACCCGAAGAUUUAAGAACAGAUAAUAAAGAACCAACGAGGACAACAGUCCCAAUCCCUGAGACCCCACGUCCGGAUGAGCAAGGACUGGUUAUAUCUGGUAGAGGAAUUGAAACUGUUAGUACAAAAAGAACCAGCACAGAGAAUCCAACGUCAACAAGUCAGCCGAAAAGCGAGAAAUCACCUGAGCCACUAACACUGGAGACUCCAAUUCCAAAUGAGAAAGGUCUGGUAAUCUCUGGUGAGGAUCUCAAGACUACAGGAAGACCCUCUAAGCCAACGAAAAUCACGGUCAAACAAGCAACAUUGGAGAAAAAAACAACAGAAGCGACAACCACUUUGCUGACUGAACAGUUUCUGCAACAAAAAACAGACCCUACAUUCGAAACUCCAAGGCCGGAUGAACAAGGAUUAAUGAUUUCUGGAAAGGAUAUUGAGACAAUAAGACCAGACCACCCUGAAGCAUCUACUCUUGUAACGACUACAGUUACCCAGCCUCUUACGGCCGAGACUCCGAAGCCAACGGCAAGGAUUUCCGAAAAGGACAUUGAGACACCAAAAACGGAUUUGGAUUUGUCGUCAUCUACAGCUUCUACCUUAACGCCAGAACCAUCAUCUAGUCAUUCAAGGGGUCCAUCUACCCUGGAGACACCACAGCCCGAAGAACAAGGGCUUAUGAUUUCUGGAAAGGAUAUUGAGACACCAAAAACUGACUUGGAUUUGUCGUCAUCUACCGCUUCUACUUUAACACCAGAACCAUCGUCUAGUCAUUCAAAUGGUCCAUCUACCCUGGAGACACCACAGCCCGAAGAACAAGGGUUAAUGAUUUCUGGAAAGGAUAUUCAGACAAUAAGACCAGAAAACCCUGAAACAUCUACUCUUGUAACGACUACAGUUACCCAACCCCUUUCUUCCGAGAUCCCGUUUCCAACCGGACAAAGGGUAGUGAUUUCCGAAAAGGACAUUGAGACACCAAAGACGGAUUUGGAUUUGUCGUCAUCUACCGCUUCUACUUUAACACCAGAACCAUCGUCUAGUCAUUCAAGGGGUCCAUCUACCCUGGAGACACCACAGCCCGAAGAACAAGGGCUUAUGAUUUCUGGAAAGGAUAUUGAGACAAUAAGACCAGACAACCCUGAAGCAUCUACUCUUGUAACGACUACAGUUACCCAGCCUCUUACGGCCGAGACUCCGAAGCCAACGGCAAGGAUUUCCGAAAAGGACAUUGAGACACCAAAAACUGACUUGGAUUUGUCGUCAUCUACCGCUUCUAGCUUAACACCAGAACCAUCGUCUAGUCAUUCAAAGGGUCCAUCUACCCUGGAGACACCAUGGCCCGAAGAACAAGGGCUUAUGAUUUCUGGAAAGGAUAUCAAACCGUUCAGUGCUGAACCAAGUUCAUCACCGCCAACAACACCCGAAACGUCAAAGGAGACGGAAACGCCGGUAGUAACGCAGCCAACAGCAAUUUCCAUUUCGGUUACGAACGAAGGUUCGAUGAUAAAUGGAGCUGAUAUCCAAGCAAUUCAACCUGGCUCCACAACAGAAUCGAGUAAACUAGAUGAGAAGACAGUAACGCCAACAGAGUCGACAAGUAAGCACACGGAUCAGAGGACAUCUGAAAACCCAUCAAUUGAAAUUGAUGAGGAAGGUUCGGAAAAUAUUGGCAAAGAAGAUUCUCCGAAGACUGUCCCGUCUGAAACACCACCCGUUUUGCUAAGUACCCCCGAAAGCAUCGUAUCUGAAAGUUCGACCAAGCAGAAUAUUCCAACGCUUGAAGUCACUGCAACUCACACUGCCGAAUUAAUUCCCGAAAGUGAAGGGGAUGCGGUCACCGAACCUGAAGAGCCCUUGCAAUCCACGACAGUUGCUACACCUCCGAGAGAGACUUCUUCCACUAGUGAGGCAACCACGACAGUUCAAGAAAUAGCUCGCUCCACCGAAGCUGAGCUUUCCACUCUCACAGAAUCCAUAAUUCCUGAGAGUAUCACGACAAGCAUCCAUUCGACUACGGAGAAAACCAAGGAAAGUAUCACAACAUCCGAUACUCCCGCUUUACCCGCUGACACAUCACCAACUCUCCUCACAACUCUGGAAACUUCAUCGGCCAAAUCUACCGUGCCAUCUGAGGAUACUGUAGGACCCACGAAGACUGAGAAUGAGUCGAUUCAAACGCCUACUGAAACCCCAGAAUCACCUCAUCUAGCCACAACAACAAAUACAGAAGAAGUGGUUUCCACAAAGAGUCCUGAAAAAACAGUUACAUCUGAAACUACGGAAGACCUCAAACCCGAACUCCCAUCAACCGCUGAAUUCCCACAAUCACCUCAGCUAGCCACAACAACAAAUACAGAAGAAGUGGUUUCCACAAAGAGUCCUGAAAAAACAGUUACAUCUGAAACUACGGAAGACCUCAAACCUGAAAUCCCAACAACGGUUGAAUCAGCUGCAGCAGAAACCUCAGCCACUUCUGCUCCGACAACAGCAGAAAAUACAGUACCUUUGGACGAAAAUCGGACCGAAACGUCACCGUCAGUUCCGUCGGAUGCGACAACUUUUUCAACAAAUCCAGGCGAAAAGACUCAGUCGUCGAGCACUAGUCCAGUUGAAACUACAGGGGAGCCGCUAUAUAGACUAAAGGAUACACCUGGUACUACAUUGCUGCCACAAGUUGCACUUACUCAAAGCACGACAGUAAAGAAAGAAGAUGACAAGACAGAACCAUCAGAAAAAGAAGAAACAACUGCCAAAUUAACAUCAGAAGAUGCAAUUCUUCUGAGUACCACUCCUAAAGAACCUGCGCUAACGGAGGAAAUCACAACCCAGAUUUUGGAAACAGCGACUGAUGGAGUUACAUCUCCCUCUACAGCACGCUCCGCACCUGCGGAGAAAGAAGCCUCAGAGGAAAUCGAGAGAGCAACUCAGACAGAAGAAAGCGUCACACAAAAGGCGGUGAAAGUCGAUGCAACGACCGAGAAAUUGGUCGAAGAAAAUACGACUGCCCAAGGAAUAACCUCAUCGUCUGAAUUGGCUUCAACCACUAACAGUUUUGUUGAGACAACACAGCUUUCACUUUCAACUGUAAAUGCGAUAGAACAGACCAGCUCAACCUCAGAGGAAUUGAAAGUGGUUACAACAACAACUGUUGAGACUACUAUUGUGGCUGAAUCGACAAUCCAAUCAGAUGACGCCACAGCUGAGAUGAGCGCUUCGACACCGCAACAACCAGCUAGACUUCUUCCAAAAACCACAACUGAAGAAGAUAGACCCGUAGUAAGCAAUAGAAGUCCAGAAAUGGUGAAUGAAUUCACCCCAGCUACACGUGAAGCACCUGUGACAUCUGAAACUACAACAUCAGCUGAUAGAGGAAGCCAUGUUUCAACAACGGAAGUGUUACCUGAACCUACCACAUUGGCCAUUGAAUCGACCACGGUAUUGACUUGCAGUGACGACUGGAAAAAUUAUUGUGAAUCAAUUAACCGAACUUGUUUUGUAAACUUGAAGAGCGAACAUUUGGAAUGUGGAGAAUGUUUGAGUGGAUUUAAAAUGAUUGAAGGGCAGUGCAUUAAGGAAACAGAUGCAGAGCCGACAGCAACCGACGUUGUCAGCACAACAGCUGUAAUUCAAGAAGAGAAAACGGGUUCACCAAAGGUUGAUAAAACGAUGGAAGCAACUACUGAAGCCACAAUCACUUCCUCGACAUCAAGCAUUAUUUCGAAUACAGAAUCUUCUGAAAGACCAAUAAUCCAUGAGGUUGUACAAAUUACGGAGAGUUCAAAUACUCCUCCAAUUUCAUCUACAGAAAUAGGAUCCGCAGCAACACCAACAUUGAUGGCCAAACAGGGAACGAUCAGGCCUGAAUCUACUGUUACGCCAUCAGGAGUUUCUCCUACAGAACCUGUAGAAACGACAACCGAACAUAUUUCAGUUGAUAUUACAACUCCAUCAUCGACUGAAGGAAGGGUGAUGACCGAAGAAAUAUUCUCAACCAAAAUAAUGAUGGUGUCCUCCACAAUUCCUAUUGAUGUUCCCGAAAAGGAAACGACGGAAACUGCAUCAACCACAAAACUAAAACCAACAAUUACAAGGAAGACAACAAAGAAAUCGACUAAAACAACCAGCACGACCACAACUGCAAGUACCUCUUUGGUUACAGAAGGACCUCAGAUCACUAAAGGAAUAGUCACAAAGAUGCCAGAAGUCAUCAGGACAGAAGAACCUCCAAUAAAUGUUGAUGAUGGAGAAGAGAUUCAAGAGGCCCAGAAAGAAGAGCCAUUUACAACAACAACUGUAGGUGAACUAAAAUAAAAUAAAUGAUUUUGCAGAUAUCGACCGCAACAUCGACCAUCUCCAUCCCAACCAUGCCUUCUCAUUCUCAAUGUUUAUCGUCAGAUGAAUGCGGAGUUGACUCACAUUGUAGUAGAAGACUCGGUAAAUGUGAAUGUGAUGAUGGAUUCCGAUUAAAGGGCGAUAAAUGUGAAGGUACGCCAAUCUAAGAGAUUCAUGUAAAUUAAAUAAACGUACCGUCAAUAACAAGAAAUAUAAUAUAUUCCUCUUUUUUAGAUGUCAACGAAUGUCGAGAGAACUCUCACAAAUGUCAUAAAAGUUCAGUUUGCCGGAAUUACAUCGGCGGUUACGCCUGUGAUUGUCCCAUCGGAUGGAGAUUAAACUAUCUUAAUCAAUGCAUCGAGAUCGAUGAGUGCAAUGAGAGAAACAAUACUUUAUGUCAUCCUAGAGCCAGUUGCAUCAAUCUUCAAGGAAAUUACACUUGCCAAUGUGAUGAUGGUUACAUCGGAGAUGGAUAUACUUGUUUCGAAGAUGCCUUCAGGCAUUGUAAUGAAAAAGAAUUAAAGAUGACGUCAUGCAAUGAAGGGCAUCUGUGUUUAAUUAAUGCGAAUGGACAAGAGAAUUGCGAGAAAUGUAAAUCUGGCUAUGAAAUGAUUAAUGGAACAUGUCUGGAUGUAAAUGAAUGUAUUAAUCCGGAUACAAACAAGUGUAACAUUAAUGCGUUGUGUAUAAAUACUCGUGGAGGUUACAUCUGUGAAUGUCAAAAUGGAUAUAAAGGAGAUGGAGUUUACUGUGAAGAUGUGGAUGAAUGUUCCUCAAUCAAACCUUGCCAUCCCCUGGCCAGAUGUUCUAAUCUCAAUGGAACUUAUAUGUGUACAUGCCCUGAGGGUUGGAUGGGGGAUGGAAGAUAUAAAUGUGUGAAUCCAUUGGAUAGAAGAUGUGAACAUAAGGAGUAUUUGUGUAGUAGUGAGAAGUUCCAUUCUUGUCUGAGUGUAAAUGUGACAGCAGAUCUUAUGUCGUUCUGUGAGUGUGAAAAGGGAUAUCGAUAUAACGCUACUACAAGGCAAUGCGAUGGUAGGCUUUUUUUAAAAUGAUCUGAUUGAAAAUUUUAAAAUUUACAACGAUUUAUUUUAGAUAUUGACGAAUGUAUGGAAGGACGCUCUAAAUGUAAUUCAACAACAUCUACGUGCCUCAAUUAUAUGGGUGGAUAUUCGUGUGAUUGCAGGCAAGGGUUUGAGGGAAAUGGCGGGGUUUGUGUGGAUGUAGAUGAAUGCCAACGGGGAAUUCAUGGAUGUCAUCAAACCAGUAAUUGCUACAACGAGAUUGGAAGUUAUCGAUGUAAAUGCCCAGCUGGAUAUGCGAUGGGAGAGAAUGGUUUCUGCGAAUUGAUCACCGAUGCGUCAACAACUGCUGUUGUGGAACUAACAACUACUCAGAAAUUUAACCUUGAAACAACAACUGAGUUCGAGAGAGAGGAAGUGACAACAUCAGAGGUGCCUACCAGUUACCGUAAGACAAGUGAAGCUGCUUUUGAUCCUGAAAUAACUUCGACCUCACUGCCAUCGACAUCUGGAGAGUCAACAACCAUUUCAUCGACGCCUUCAGAAUCUUCUGAAACUCUACCACCUUCAGUUACAGUAGCCGUCACCCAAUCCCCAACUACAUUAUCUUCAUCCUCUACCAAACCAACUCCAAUUCCCGUCAAGACAACUCAAACGGCAAAACUACAGUCAUCUGCAACUCCAGAAUUUUUAACUUCAGAAAACCCAAUUCCCCGACGAAAUGAAUGCACGGAUGACUGGAAGGAUUACUGUAAGGGGCUGAAUAAAGUCUGUUUUGUGGAUUCUGAAGAUCUUCUGCAAUGUGGAGAGUGUCUGAAGGGAUACAUGCACGAAAAUGGAGAAUGUAUUCGUAAGUCUUGGAGUGAAACAUAAAUAUUUUUCAAUUUAGCUCAAUUAGGAGUUGGAAAUUGCACUGAAAAUAACAAUUGUCAUCCAAAUGCGGACUGCAUCGACAGUAUUUGGACAGCAUCUGUUCGAAAUACGCACAGUUGUGUGUGCAAAAAGGGAUAUGUUGGCGAUGGAAAUCAUUGUGAAGGUAAGUUUCAGUCGAAUAUUUUCAUAUUUACAUUGCUUUUUCAGAUGUAAACGAAUGUAAUACGAUCCCCGGGCUGUGUGACAUCAAUGCUGAGUGUCUGAAUACAGAUGGAUCUUUCGAAUGUAAUUGCAACUCUGGGUAUAUUGGAAAUGGGUUCUACUGUUUACAACAUAUUACUCAUGGGAAUCACACCAAUUGUAAGACAAAUGCGCGAUUAUGUCAUCCAAAUGCCUGGUGUUUAAUCGAUGGGUUAUGUCAAUGUCAACCGGGAUAUUUUGGAGAUGGAAUCGAGAGAUGUGAUCUAGGUAUGGUUACAGAUGUUUACAACAAUAUUUUUUAGUUAAAUUAUCUACAAAUCAACCAGUCUCAGCAUAUGAUGCGACUGAGAAACCUCCAGAAACCAUACCAUCAACACCCACAUCAACCAUUUUAGUUUCGGCUUCUUUCCCAUCCAUUAUAUCAGGCUCAUCUCCAUCCGAAUCCCCUGCUACCGCCACCCGGGCCUCUCCUUCUUUUGCCUGGUCUCUCCCUCCUCAUUCCUCUUUUCCUCCUCACGAGCAAACUUAUAUUAUUCCUGAAUCCUCCCCAUCCAGGUUCGUUCCAAACUGUGUAUUGGACAAAGAGAUAAGAUGUCAUCCAAUGGCCAGUUGUAAUACAUUUAGUGGCCAAUGCAAAUGUCGUCCUGGAUAUGAAGGAGAUGGAUUUACACAUUGCAGGUGAGAGAUAUUCGAAUAUUUACUGUAACGGUGUUUAUCUAACAAUAAAUUUUUCUUUCAGUCGAGUUUGGGAAGACUGUCGCUCUGAUUCCCACCUCUGUGACUUCAAUGCCAAGUGUAAUUCCACAUUUGGCCAAUGUGAAUGUAACCCCGGCUACAUUGGAGAUGGUCUUUCCUGUACUCCAGAUCGUCUCGAUUGCUCUGCUCAUGAUGAUUUAUGCAGUGAAUUCGCAGACUGUAUUGGAAAGAGAUGCCAAUGCAAAGAAGGUUAUACUGGAGAUGGGAUGAUGUGCUUCUCGAUGACUGCGAAACUCUCCCGCCACGAUUGUCUUAACUGUCAUUGCAGAGCCAAUUGUGUCGAAGGAGAAUGCGUAUGUCAGCCAGGAUUCAAUGGAAAUGGCCUGGUUUGUCUGCCAGAUCCGUAUGAUUGCAUUAAUUAUCCCGGAGUCUGUCAUAUGAACGGCUACUGUAACAAUGCUACCAGGAAAUGUGAAUGUCAUCAAGAAUAUGUUGGAAAUGGGUAUGAUUGUACCCUCAGGAAAUCCUGCACUCAAUUCCCAGCUCUCUGCCAUCCAGAUGCCGAUUGUUUGGAAUCUGGGCAGUGUCAAUGCAGAUUUGGAUUUUAUGGGGAUGGUAUUUACUGUAAGAAAGACAUCUCGUACAGGGAACUGACACAAGUAAAACUUAUGGAGACUUCCUCAGUUGAGUGCGCUACUUAUUGUGGAUACAAUCAGGAGUGUUUUAAUGGCGCCUGCAAGUGCAAGACUGGAUUCAGUGCGAAUAUAAAUGGGGUCUGCAUUGGUACGUUGAUGAGUCGACUUUUUACACUUGAGGCUUAGAGGGGCUGACACUAAAAUAAUUUUAGAUGUGGAUGAAUGUCUUACCGGAGCAAAUUCUUGUUCUCCGCAUGCCAAAUGUCAUAACUCUGAAGGUUCGUAUCAGUGUUCUUGUCCGCGAGGAAUGGAAGGCGAUGGCCAUACCUGCCGAACAUUACAAUAUACAUCUCCCGGAGUCCAAGUUGAAUGUCUGGGAGACGGCAUGAGGGUCAUGUUCUCCAAUCUUCCCCAUCCUUUCUCUGGCCGUGUUUAUGUGAAAGGACAGACGGAUAAUGAAUAUUGUGCAAAGACAUAUAAUGGGGACUCCGGCCAGAACAUUGUGUUUGACGUGAAUCUCGCUCAUUGCAAUAUGUAUAUGAGAUCCAACAAUACAUUGACCACAACUCUAAUUGUUCAACGGCACCCAACUUUUGUGACUUCAGAAGCCGAAUCUUACAAUGUCCAAUGUAGUUAUCCCUUGGCCGAGAGAAUAGUUGAGGCCAAGUAUAAUAUCCAUGAUCUGGAGCCAAGAGAAUCGAUCGCUCAGAAUGGAUCCUCUCCAGUUUGUCAAUUUAAUGUGAAAAAUUUGGAAGACAUCAGAGUGGAUCAGGCACUGGUCGGGCAGAUACUCAAACUCACUCUUUCCGUAUCUCCCGAACCCGAAAACGCGAUCCUGCCAAGGAGUUGUUAUGCAAUUAACCUGGAAAGUAAUGAUCGAUAUCAAUUAACAGAUCAGUCCGGAUGUGCCAUUGACACAGAGUUGUUUCCGGAAUGGAAGAGAAUCUCCAAAACUCAACUUCAAGCAAUAUUUAGGACAUUUAAAUGGCCAGAGAGUACAAUGAUCAGGUUCGAAUGUUACUGUACUCCUUGUGAUGAAGGAUGCUUGGAGAUGAAGUGUGGAAAGAGAAAACAGAGAUUGUCGAGACAUAUAAAGAAGCAGAAUGAGGAGGUUAUGCUCGAUAACGGAACUCUCACUUUCUCUCAAGUUGUGACCAUAAAUGAGGAUGAAGAAGAAAGAAAAGUCCAGAAGGAAUUUGAGAGAUGGCUGGCUGGAGGUAAGGAAAUGGUUUAUAAAACACACUUUUUAUAGAAGGGUCCCCGACCACCUCGAUCAUCACCAAUGACUAUGUGUGCAUGAGUUCCCUCUGGUUCUUGUCCACUCUGAUGGCCAGUAUCCUCUCUAUAAUCACCCUGAUUACUGUAUUUAUUUUAUAUUAUAAAAAGAUGCGGGUCUUAUCCAAACAGAAAUUUUUGGAAUCCCAUUUGGAUGACAAUCUUUCGUACAUUCAAUUUUAG